ACUUGAGGCCUGGGUGAUGGCCUCUGCCCCUCACUACUGCUCCUUCUUCUUAGGUCAAUAUUUAUGUGUCCUAGACCUAGAGAGGUCCCAGGACGCUCCACUGUCCCGCCUUCCCCACCGCCCGCCCCACUGGCCAGUCCCCACGCCCACACACCCGAAGCUGCCCCAUCUGGCGCUGAUCAUCCUGCUGCUGCCGCUGCCGCCGCCACUGCUGCUCUGCAAAAUUCAGCUGCUGCUUCUGUCUUGAGGACCCCACCGCCUUUCCUCUAGGCCAUGCUGCCUACAGCCACAGCCUCCCUCCUGGGGCCCCUCCUCACUGUCUGUGCCCUGCUGCCUUUUGCCCAGGGCCAGACCCCCAACUAUACCAGACCUGUGUUCCUGUGCGGAGGGGAUGUGAAAGGGGAAUCAGGUUACGUGGCAAGUGAGGGGUUCCCCAACCUCUACCCACCUAAUAAGGAGUGCAUCUGGACCAUAACGGUCCCCGAGGGCCAGACAGUGUCCCUCUCAUUCCGGGUCUUCGACCUGGAGCUACACCCUGCCUGCCGCUACGAUGCUCUGGAGGUCUUCGCUGGGUCUGGGACUUCGGGCCAGCGGCUCGGACGCUUUUGCGGGACCUUCCGGCCUGCGCCCCUAGUCGCCCCCGGCAACCAGGUGACCCUGAGGAUGACGGCAGACGAGGGCACAGGAGGACGAGGAUUCCUGCUCUGGUACAGCGGGCGGGCCACCUCGGGCACUGAGCACCAAUUUUGCGGGGGGCGGCUGGAGAAGGCCCAGGGAACCCUGACCACGCCCAACUGGCCCGAGUCCGAUUACCCCCCGGGCAUCAGCUGUUCCUGGCACAUCAUCGCGCCCCGGGACCAGGUCAUCGCGCUAACCUUCGAGAAGUUUGACCUGGAGCCGGACACCUACUGCCGCUACGACUCGGUCAGCGUGUUCAACGGAGCCGUGAGCGACGACGCCCGGAGGCUGGGGAAGUUCUGCGGCGACGCGGUCCCGGGCUCCAUCUCCUCCGAAGGGAAUGAACUCCUUGUCCAGUUUGUCUCAGAUCUCAGCGUCACCGCUGACGGCUUCUCAGCCUCCUACAAGACCCUGCCUCGGGGCGCUGCCAAAGAAGGGCCAGGCCCCAGCCCCAAACCGGGAACUGAGCCCAAAGUCAAGCCACCUCUCAAGCCCCAACCUCCAGAGAAAACUCCCAUUGCCCCUGAUGCACCCACUGUCACCUGCCCAAAGCAGUGCCGCCGGACAGGCACGUUGCAGAGCAACUUCUGUGCCAGCAGCCUGGUGGUGACUGCAACAGUGAAGUCCAUGGUUCGGGGCCCAGGAGAGGGCCUCACAGUCACUGUUAGUCUUAUUGGUGCUUAUAAAACUGGAGGACUGGACCUACCUUCUCCACCCACUGGUGCCUCCCUGAAGUUUUACGUGCCUUGCAAGCAGUGCCCCCCCAUGAAGAAAGGAGCCAGUUAUCUGCUGAUGGGCCAGGUGGAAGAGAACAGAGGUCCCGUCCUUCCUCCAGAGAGCUUUGUGGUUCUCCACCGGCCCAACCAGGACCAGAUCCUCACCAACCUAAGCAAGAGGAAGUGCCUCUCCCAACCUGUGCAGGCUGCCGAGUCCCCGGCCUGAGACACAGGCCGGCCCCGGCCCCCAGCCCUUAGGCCUUCUUUCUUAUGCAAAUAAAUGUUUCUUAACUGA